AUGGGGCUCAAAACAGCUGAUCCCAUACCUACACCCGCGUUUUUCAGAACAUAUAUAUAUAUCUUAUCUAUAUCCCCUACCCUACUCGGCAAAGAAACCAGAAUGUUCCUAAUUUUACUCAGUUCGGCAUUGACCUAUGUCAUAUGCUGGUUUGGAUACACAUUUUUGUUACACAGCUACAGGGACGUCGAUCCACUGGUUUUGUACCAUCAGUCAAGUGUUGCAAACACUAGAAAAGAAGGCGAAACUGCAGUCUAUAGAUCAGUUGAUACUCCACAUGGCAUUGACCUCGUGACUGGCCUCCGUAUCAGCUGGAAAUAUAAACUCAGGGAUGGAAAUCUGAAAGAUAUCUGGAAACUUGGUAUUAACCACAAUUCAAAGAUCACAUUUGGGCAGGAGGAGUACUCAAUGGAUAGCUUGACGAAAACUAUGCAAGCACUGAGUAAUUACAUCGAGUCCAGUCAAUUCUCCUGUAUUGGUGUCGACUUAUCCCAAUACGAAUGGUUUAUCAUUAUAUUGACCGGAUUGUGCUCUUUAAGAGAUUUUACUCUCCAUUUUCAUGAAGAUCUGAUUGAAACAUAUACUUCAACUGAGCCCAAAGUAAUCUUCACUUCUUUCGCUUACUUGGAUCGUGUGCUGAAAUCAGAUUUUGACACAAUUGUCUUAGUUGACUCCCCACCUUGCCCAUUAGUCAUUGAUUCUCGUGUGGCUACUUUUUCUUCGUUGAAUUUAAUAAACGAAAAUGCCGAAGAAUACGAAUACACUUUUGACCUCAAAGAUGAUACCAGAAACUUACUUGUUCAACAUUCACAGGGAGACGCAUUCACAUACAACCAAAGAUGCUUUGUCUCUUCAAUUUCAGCUUUGCUCCAAUCGUUGCCCACUGAACAUGAAUGGUCAACAAAGGACAGGUUGCUUACAACGUUUACAAACGAUAUCACAUUCAAUUUAAACUCUUUGGUCAAGAUCUUUGGUGCGCUGGUUACAGGUAUUAACGUCAGAAUUUUGCCGCCACAGAAGCUGAUUUCUGAGCUGGAUAACUCCACCAUCUUAAAUAUUCCAGAUAAUCUAUUGUAUCAACUGAUGCCAAAGAGAAAUUCUUUUUUGGUAUCUAGAUCAAGGUGGCUUUUUUCAAAAGGUGUCUUCAACAAAAUUGCAGAGCUACCAUCGUUUAGACCUCUGAGACUAAUUUACACUUCGAUCUUGGAACCACCGAGUGUUUCUUCUCCGUUUUCGUCUUCCUACAACUACGUUCAGGCCAUUACUGGGGCUCGCAUUAUAAAUGAAAGGUUAUAUGAGCAUAUAGUUGGCCCUAUUGUCAAAACUAACCUAUUUGAUUAUCGAAUUACCGGUGGAUUUGUUGACCGAAAACACACUUUUCCCAGAAAGCUUGGAGUUUCUGCUAAUAAUGGUGAGUUAAUUCUCAGAGAUUACCAGGAUUAUUCAGCUGAUCAAAAAGAAGGAAAGCUAUCCGUAAGGGGCUUCAAUGUUGGAAUCAAGGAUAUUGACGAGUUCAGAAAGGAUGACUACUGGACCCACACUGAUAUUGUGGGUAAGUUUGGUGGUGAUGGUGUUUUAUACGAAGACAUAGCUACUCACUGA